UCCUGGGAGUGGUAGUUCUCGUGGCUCUGAGGGAGAAUGGCGCCAGGCGAGAGCAGGACACCGAGAGAACUACAUGCAGGGGGCGGGGUCCACGGCGAGACUUCUACGCGGCUAGCAGUGGCGAAGGCGGCUACAGCGGCAGCAUGAAGCGGACCCCGACCGCCGAGGAACGCGAGCGUGAAGCUAAGAAACUGAGGCUUCUUGAGGAGCUUGAAGAUACUUGGCUGCCUUAUCUGACCCCCAAAGAUGAUGAAUUCUAUCAACAGUGGCAGCUGAAGUAUCCUAAGCUAAUUCUGCGCGAAGCUGGCAGCGUACCUGAGGAGCUCCAUAAAGAGGUUGGUGAGGCCUUCCUCACACUGCACAAGCAUGGCUGCCUGUUUCGGGACCUGGUUAGGAUCCAAGGCAAAGAUUUGCUCACUCCAGUAUCUCGCAUUCUCAUUGGCAACCCAGGCUGCACCUACAAGUACCUGAACACCAGGCUCUUUACAAUGCCCUGGCCAGUGAAGGGUUCUAAUCCAAAAUACAACGAGGCUGACAUAGGUGCCGCUUGUCAGACCUUCCUCAAGCUCAAUGACUACCUGCAGGUAGAGACCAUCCAGGCUUUGGAAGAACUUGCUGCCAAAGACAGAUCUAAUAUCGAUGCUGUGCCAGUGUGUAUAGGUCCGGAUUUCCCCAGGGUUGGUAUGGGGUCAGCCUUUGACGGACAAGAUGAAAUGGACUUUAAGAACAGAGCAGCAUACAACGUAACUUUGUUGAAUUUCAUGGAUCCCCAGAAAAUGCCGUACCUGAAAGAGGAACCUUAUUUUGGCAUGGGGAAAAUGGCUGUGAGCUGGCAUCAUGACGAAAAUCUGGUGGAAAGGUCAGCGGUGGCAGUGUACAAUUAUAGCUGUGAAGGCCCUGAAGAGGAAAAUGAGGAAGAUCCUCAACUCGAAGGCAGAGACCCGGAUAUUUGGCAUGUUGGUUUUAAGAUCUCGUGGGACAUAGAGACACCUGGCUUGGCAAUACCCCUUCACCAAGGAGACUGCUAUUUUAUGCUUGAUGAUCUCAAUGCCACCCACCAACACUGUGUUUUGGCUGGCUUUCCACCUCGGUUUAGUUCCACCCACCGAGUGGCAGAGUGCUCGACAGGAACCUUGGAUUAUAUCUUGCAGCGCUGCCAGUUGGCUCUGCAGAAUGUCCGUGAUGAGGUGGGCAAUGGUGAUAUUUCUUUGAAAUCAUUGGAUCCUGCAGUUUUGAAACAAGGAGAAGAUAUCCACAAUGAGGUGGAGUUUGAGUGGCUGAGACAGUUUUGGUUUCAAGGCAACCGAUACAAAAAGUGCACUGACUGGUGGUGUCAACCUAUGACUCAACUGGAAGAGCUGUGGAAGAGGAUGGAGGGUGUGACAAAUGCUGUGCUUCGUGAAGUUAGAAGAGAGGGUAUCCCCAUGGAACAAAGGAAUGAAAUCUUGACUGCCAUUCUCACCUUGCUCGCCACACGCCAGAACCUGCGGAGGGAGUGGCAUGCCAGGUGCCAGUCACGAAUUGCCCGAACUUUACCUGUGGAUCAGAAGCCAGAAUGUCGGCCGUAUUGGGAAAAGGAUGAUCCUUCCAUGCCUCUGCCAUUCGAUCUCACAGACACUGUUUCUGAUCUCAAAGGUCUGCUUCUGGAAGCAAAACCCUAGAAGGUGUGCAAGUCCCAGGUAGAGGAGGAAAAGAUAUUUUUGGCUUCCUCCCUCUCACCCUUGUCAUGAGCUUGGACGAAGGUGAUGUAGGUAGACUUGACCUUUAGAUUAUGGAACCUGAGUCCCAGUUGAAAGCAGCUAAGGAAUGGAACCCAUGAAUAUUAAAAUGUUUAAAAUGACACAGUGUUAUAAUCUGAUUUGUAAUGAACUAAGAACCUUCCCCCAAAAACUAUUCCCCUGUUGGAUUCUUUUAUAUGAGCUAUUCAUCUCCCAAGGGCCAAGGCAGCAGGGGAGAGCCCAGAACCUGGCCCGCUUCCCACCUUCCUGAACCUUUUCAGAGACUCUAGACUGGAUGAUGCCACAGUCACUGGGGGGAGAGCUCAGAGAGCUCACCCAGUGUCUCACCACACCCUUGAGGGGCUGCGCCCUCCAGCAUGGUAGCCACUAAUUAGAUGUGGCUGCUUAAAUUUAAUCCAAUUUGAAUUAUUCCUCAGUUGUACUAGCCACAUGUCGAGGGCUGAGUAGCCACGUGUGGCUCGUGACUCUUGUAUCAAACAGCAGACAGAGAACAUGUCAUCACUGGGGAAAGCUCUGGUGGAUAAUACUUCUAUAAAAAGUGGGAGAACAAGAGAUUCUCAUUCCCAGUUCUCUCAGCCACUAACCCCAUCAGUGAAAUAAAUUAAAAGAGAAAUGACUCAUUGAAAGAACUGCCUCUCUCCCUCCUCAAAGACAGACCUAGUGAAAGCCUGAGUCAGUGAGCUCUGCACUCAGCACCCAGGAACGGAGAGGUACUGAACAUUAAACUCAAGUUGACAUCCUGUCGUUCGGAAGUUUCCCUGAUCUAAUAAACAGCCCUAUUUAGGUGGCUUCAUGAAGUUAACCUGCACAGAACGUUUUUCCUCUAAUUCCCACAUUCAUAUGUACUGACAAGUGGUAUAGAGGCUCCAGGAGCCCAGUGCCCCCCUGACCCCCAUGACACUGGCACCUUAGAGAGGUGGUGUGGAGGAGCCCGGAUCAAAGCUCCCACAGGCUUGUGACAUUUAGCAUGGUCCCAUGCCUCAGUUUCCCCAUCUAUACAAUGGGGAUGUUAAAGGUACCAACUCAGAAGGUGAAUAUUAAGUGAAAUAACUUAGCUGCAGAGUCAGAGUAAAUAUUAGUGCUGUUAUAUAUUAGUAAGUUGCCCUGAUUUAGACGUUUUUCCCUCCCUUCCUCUAUCCUUCUGCUAGUUUUGUCUCGUGAUGCCAUGAACACAUGACUCCUGCCCUUUGGUGACCCCAGAAAUCGUGAGAAUAGCGAUUCCCCCCUCUCCCACCCAAGCCUGCCGCUUCUCUUGUAGUUGUUUGCAGUAGUUGGGAAGCUGAAGAGCUGUUAUUGCCCAUUGAGAGGCACACUGAGAUCAACCUCCUGCCUGCCACUCACUUUUCGCUGGUUCACGGUGUGCUUCCACCCCACAGAGUGACCAGCUGGAGGAAGGCCACCUUGUGCAAAGUGGCCAGCUCUCCUUGAGGCUCAGGUCUCUUGGACUUUGCAUGAGUCGUCCCAGUUCUUGAGCCUCGAUUUCCUCCUCAGCAGAAGGAAGAGAAAAUGCUGCCUUGCAGGUUUGCAGUAGAGAUUAAAUGAGAUCAUGUAGGCAAGGAGCAUGUGGCACACAGAAGUCACAGACCAGAGCCCCCUCAAGGCCACCCAGCCCAGUGUUGUGUUUUGCCCCUACAAAGUUUUUUGUUAGAUUUUAUAAGGUGUCAAUACAUACAGAUUGAGAGAUUUUAUGCAAAAUGAAAAUGUGUGCAUUCUCUUUAGACGUCUGAACAUCUGGCAGCCCUAGUUGUCCCUCUGGCAUGGCAAUGAGCUGAGUAGUGUCUUCUCGCUGUUAGGUGGGGUCUGAACCCCCUGCUGCCCUGUUGCUCCCUACUAUCACUUAUUGUAAACCUCACCUGCUUCACUCCUCCCUGUCGGCACUCUCCAAGCCUGCUUGCUGGCACCCUUCCAGUAGGAGAAAAUGACAACAUCUAGUGCUUACCCCAGUAGAGGUGCGUUACUGUGGCGCUCUGUUUGUGGACUGCUUGUUGUAAUAUGUCAUGUACAUCACAGAACAUUCAUGAACGAUAAAAAUAUUAAAAGGAUGAGAUAAAGCAA